UGCAUUCGAAUCUCUAUGGCUGGAGUGGGGCUUGCAGUGACGUCAUCACGCCUGCCAGCUGUAAGCAUUAUCCAGGAAACGGCAAUCGCAGAGGUCGGAUAUUUAGCCCAGAUUUCACUAUGACGCUCAGAGGGGACUCCCUUCCUGUUUUCUGACUCCUCUACACCCUGGAUUGCUACAGACAGGCGGGCAGCUGUGAGGACACCAAUCGGGGAUGAGCUCCACAGAGAAGGCCCCGCCCCCUCGCCACAAGCCGCCGCCCCCCUCGCGGAGCAACAGCACCGCCUCCUCCCGACACCUGGGCACGAGGCAGAGCUCGAGGAACUGGGAGGUGAUGGAGGAUCCGCAGAACGAGAUUGGUGGAGGCGAAGGGGGAGGGCGGGACUUGGCACAGCCCGAUAAGCAGGAAGGGUACCUGCUGAAAAAGAGGAAGUGGCCCCUUAAGGGAUGGCACAAGAGGUAUUUUGUGCUGGACAGCGGGAUUCUCAAAUACGCCAAGACUCAGCAAGAUAUCAGUAAGGGGAAGCUCCGCGGCUCGAUCAACGUCAGUCUGUCUGUCAUGUCCGUCAACAAGAAAUCCAAACGCAUUGAUCUGGAUGCUGAAGACAACUUGUAUCACCUCAAGGGGAAGUCUCAGGAAGUGUUCUCUGCCUGGGUCUCUCGUCUCCGCGCUCAUCGGAUCUUUCGCAAGAGCGACUUGGCCCGGCUGCAGAAUGGGAUGCUCACAUCGCUGUCUGCCCUUGAACCCCUGCCCAGCAAUGGAGCUCUGCUGGGUCUGAUCUCUCAGAUCCAGCCCCACAAUCCCUUGCAUCUAAGCCCCGAGUCUGGCCCCCUGCACAGUAUCCCCUCCCUGGCUGUAGAGGUAGACAGUAAGGUGGCUGCCUGGCUGCAGCACACUGACGACAUGCAGACGUGCUCCAGGGAGCUCUCCGAAUGCCAGACAAACUUGACCGAGCUGUGGAGGCUGCUGCAGAGUCUGGAGCUGCUCCAUCGAGUCGCCUCCGUCCCCCUCAUCUGUGACAGCCAGAAUUUGGUGUCGGAGAGACCCAAGAAGGAGAAGCGAUCGUCCAAGAUCUGGUGCACCAAAAACUCUGCAAAGGAGGAAGCUGCAGGCACGGCUGUCUCGUCCCGGCUCCAUGCCUCAGACCCCAGCCUGCCUGACUGCCUGGACCCUCCCCUCCCCAGUGCCUUCUCCCUCCAGCCAGAGUCCAGCCAGCUCCAGCAGAACUUCUGCAGCCUGGCGCAGAAAGUCCACUCCUCCUUGAAAAGUGCCUUCGACUCCCUGUCUCUGGAGCGAGAACGCCUGCAUCAGAGCUGGCUGCACCCCGAGCAGAGAGAGACCCCCGUCACACAGAUAGCAAACCUGCGCAACGCCCUGUCAGAGGUCUCCUCUCAGAACAUGGAGCUACAGACCCACCUGACCCGAAUUCACUCACUGUCCACCUCAUCGGACUCCACCAUCGCGUCCUUUGUGUCUGUGAGCCAAGAGGAGCAGGUCUCCCCUGGCGUCGGUGAGCGAUCUCUAAAGCAGCAGGGCUCCAAUGACAGCUCGGCGUCUCUGUCGGACUCCCAAGCCGAAUUCUUCGACGCCUUCGAGGUCGUCGUCUGCGGCAGCUCCUCGGAGAACGACGCCUCCGACGCAGAGUCCUGCGUGAGCAACAUGACCUACAGCAACUCCGAGGAGCAGCUGGACUGCAGGGAGGGAGCCGCGACCCUCAGGAAAGUGACUGUUCCCAGCGCUCCCAGUAUCCCCAGCAGGGCUGCCCAGUACGCUGGCCGGCGGACCUGCCUCCCAGCCCCCGGCCCCAACACCAGCAACAUCAGCCUGUGGAACAUCAUGCGCAACAACAUUGGGAAGGAUCUGUCCCGCGUCUCCAUGCCGGUGCAGCUGAACGAGCCCCUGGGCACCCUGCAGAGACUGUGUGAGGAGCUGGAGUACUCUGAGCUGCUGGACGCUGCCAACCAGAGACAGGACCCCUUUGAGAGGAUGGUGUUCGUCGCUGCGUUCGCUAUCUCGGCCUACGCCUCUGCGUAUCACCGGUCCGGCAGUAAACCCUUCAACCCGGUUCUGGGGGAGACGUACGAGUGCGAGCGAGAGGAUAAGGGCCUCCGCUUCAUCAGCGAGCAGGUCAGCCAUCACCCUCCAAUCUCUGUGUGUCAGGCUGAGUCUGACAACUUCAUCUUCUGGCAAGACGUCAGGUGGAAAAACAAAUUCUGGGGGAAGUCGCUGGAGAUCGUUCCAGUAGGGAUGGUGAACGUCACUCUUACAAAGUUCGGGGACCACUACGAGUGGAACAAGGUGACCUCCUGCAUUCACAACAUCCUGAGCGGCCAGCGCUGGAUCGAGCACUACGGGGAGGUGGUGAUCCGAAACAACAGCAGCAGCAUCUGCCAGUGCAAGAUCACCUUCUGCAAGUCCAAGUACUGGGGCUCUAAUAUGAAUGAGGUGCAGGGGGCUGUGCUGGACGAGGCUGGCACGGUGAUCCAUCGACUCGGGGGACGCUGGCACGAGGGCAUCUACUGCGGGACCCCCCCCAAGACGCACUGCAUCUGGAAACCAAACCCCAUGCCUGCCGACUUCGACCGCUAUUACGGCUUCACACGGUACGCUUUGGAGCUGAACGAGCUGAACCCAGAGCUGAAGCUGCUGCUGCCGCCCACCGACACCCGGCUCCGACCCGACCAGAGGUACCUGGAGGAGGGGAAUGUGGAGGCCGCGGAGAUGGAGAAGCAGCGGGUGGAGCAGCUCCAGCGAGAACGUCGCAAAGUCCUGGAGGAGAACGGACUGCCAUACCAGCCACGCUUCUUCACGAGAACGGUGGACGUCAGUGGUAAGGAGUUAUGGUUUAGCAACGGGACAUACUGGAAAGUUAGGAAGGACCCGGGAUUUUCAGAAAUGGACAACGCUGUUCUGUGGUGACAGUGAUCCACGCGAUCGAGCCACAAGCACACAACCUCGGAACAUUUCUACUCCCUCACAGGGGAUGGACCAGUAGGAGAUACCUACAGAAACCAGUCUGGAACUGGUGAAGAAUAACUGUGUAUUAUAGCAAAUAUUAUGAAAUAAUAACAAUGUACUAAAAAUAUAUAAAAAAAAGGAGCUAUUACAAAAUGUUUUAAUAUGUAUCCUGUACAGCUGAAUAGGGAUUGCUGUAAUAGGUUCUUAAGGGAUGGGUGAAGGGGGGGGGGGGGGGGUCUACCAAAUUGGCAAUACUCAGUAUUGUGUUUACUGUAUGACUUAAAUGUUCAAACCAAACAGAUCUCGCACACCUGAAUUUUUCUGGAUUCAUUUAGAUUUGUGUGUGUGUGUGUGUGUGUGUGUGUUUUAAGGAUACAGACAACGUUAAUUAAGCACAAAGUUUUGACAAAAAAUAUCUGUGACGUCUAUUUGUUAGGAAGUAUUAGAGAAAACAAAAAAUGAAUCUAUUAAGCAGACCCUUGUCUACCAGGCACUUCUUCCCUAAACCUUAUACUUUUUUGGCGUUUUACAGGCUCCGAUUCAAUUGAAAUUAUAGCGCUGCUGUCCGUAUGGCGGCAUUAAAAAAAAAAAAAAACAAGCAAUAUAAUUGAUGUUCAGCUUUAAUUUUAUUAAUCUGACAUAACAAUGUCAUUCUCAAUUCAUCACGGUUUAGUAUUUAAAAUUACAAACUCAGUCUGGCUUGAAUCGGGCUGUCAUGGUUACAGCGGCAUCCGUCUGGUGAAUCCACGGUGCUGUUUAAGGAUCUGUUUGGUUUGGGUUCAGGGUCAGUCACCCUUUUUUCUAAUGCACUGACCCCUUAUUGAAAGAGCCUGGUGUGUCCAGAUCACACACACACACGCACACUACUUAUUAACGUGACCCACCUUUACACUCCCAGGUCAAGAAAAAGCCAUAUUCAUAAAUACAUGAACAUGUUACUGGAUGCAAUUGUUGUAAUUAAAUAAUGUAUUUUCAUAUU